CAAAACGCAGUAAAGCAAAGACAGCAAGCUAGCCAGUGGCUAAAAGCCAAAAUCUGUUCGCUGUAUUUGGGUUUGGGGGGUACAAUGAGAGUUGAAGAAAUGUAGUUCUUUUGCUGUGGUCGUUGCUUGUGAGACAAUGGUUACUCUUUGGAAGAAAGCGACAUCACCCGCCGUUGAGGAUGCGGCCCGUGACAUUAUCAUCAAACGUUCUCUCACGAAGCACCUUUCGCAGUAUAUUCGUGAUCUGCAGCAAGAGCUUAUCACCUCAGACGCUGUUGUCUCUGGUGGCGAAAAUGCCUCCAAUGUUUGUUUCUGCCUCGAAGCUAUAUUCAUUCACGGUCUCAAGGAUACUUUCUCGAAGAAAAUGUCAAGUGUGUUCAAGGCAGCUGCGCAGGAAAAGAUUCCAUCUCCCGAUUUCUGGACAUUUGUUAUGGUGUACACACACAGGGACGUGUUGGCACAGAUAAACCAGUUGAGUCAAAUCACAACGGAUAUUGGACGUUGCAGAGCUUGGGUUCGUUUAGCCCUGAAUGAGAACCUGUUCGUAAACUACGUCGAUGCUAUGAUCCGUGAUCCCAAGACGGUGCGUUGCUACUACCGUUCCUCGGCGUACAUGGCUGAUCGCGAACAACCUGACAUUCUGAAACAGUUCCUUGAUGGUCUCACGAAUUUUUCUUUUCGACUUCCUGUCAACUGCAGCAUACUCAACCAUUGGAAUACGACCCCACUUCACCUCGCUGGAAUACAGCGGGCACCGUUGGACCCAGUUAUGCCAGCGAUUGAUGUUGCUGACUUCUUCCACUACGAGACAAGGCAGUCCCGCAGUAAACUGUCUCUGAGUUCCUCAAGAAAAAUAACUGCCUCAGUGGCCAUUCAGGCAGAUGACAUACCACCGGAGGUGAACAUUUCUAUGGCUGGGGAAGGAAGCAACACAGUCGGAGUGCAAUCUGAAAUGUGUGACCAGCACGAGCACACAGCUGAACUGGAGAAAGAAGCAGCACCAGAUGAUCGUCUGUCAACCAUCUCAGAGGGCCAGGUCAGCGUCGGGGCUCCAGGCUCAAUGAGCAGCAUGACAUCGGCUCAGGUUCACGAGCUCAUUGAAAAUCUUAACCUGGAUGUGAAUGAAGGAUCCAAGGUGUCAAUACAUGGAGGUUCCCCAGGCUCUGCUCCAGACUUUGAUACAACUUUUCCAAGUGAGAUGGAGAGGCCUCACGGAAACCUUCUUGAUGCUGGCACAGGAUGGUCUUCACCGUUUGAAGAGGCUGACAGAGAAGAGGACGAUGUUGAUGAAGGCGAAGUGCAGAGCUACGACUCUCUAGUGCUCAACUACACGCAAAACAUCGACCAGAAGUUGAGUUGUACCCCGGAAUUCACAGAUCUCAUCACUUCUGCUAUGAUGAGAAGCAGCAGGACCGGUCAUGUGGAGCAGAGGAAUGACACGCUAGAACACGCUCCUCCGUCGGAAGACUCAUUCGAAGAACUCGACUUCGAGAUAGUCCCCGUCGCUGAAGACGCGGAUGAAGAAACGAAACUCCUUGUGGCCUGUCUCGGUACUAUCCAACAGGAGAAGGGACUCGACCAGCAAGAGUACAAGUGCCGUUCGUGUGCUACCCCUAUCGGCAUGACCUACGGGAGCGCAUCGCUCUGCAACUACGACGGCUACUCUUACUGUUCCGACUGCAUAGGCGAGGUAGAGAACGUCAUACCGGCAAGGAUAAUCCAUAACUGGGACUUCAAGCGUUACAGAGUGUCGCGUAGAGCCAAAGCCUUCCUCGGCAAGGUCGAGAGCGAACCCCUACUCGACCUACGUUCAACUAAUGCUUCGUUGUACUCCGCGGUACCAGAGCUAGCCGCGAUCCAGGUGCUCCGGACGCAGUUAGGGUUCCUUCGGCCGUACCUUCAGACUUGCUCCGAGUCGGUGUGUAGUGAAUUGCGAAGGAUCAUUUGGCCCCGUGAGUACCUCUACGAGCACGUCCACGUUUACGCCACUUUCGACCUGUUGCAAGUUCCGUCCGGGGCCCUACAGCGCACCUUGCAGAGGGCCAUCGCGUUCGCCCGGAAGCACAUCAAGUCCUGUCAUCUGUGCUCCGCGAAGGGUUUCGUCUGCGAAGUUUGCCGCGACCCCGCAGUGAUCUACGCGUUCGAUAUGGACGUCACUCAUCACUGUUCUCUUUGCUUCGCCGUGUAUCACAGAGAGUGCUACGAGACCACGAGCUCUUGUCCGAGAUGCGAGCGAAGAAAGCAGCGAGAGUUGCAGGCCGCGGAUGGGCAGUCUCUUAGUUAGAAAUCACUCGGCAUAAACUCUGAAAGCUAUAUAUCUAUAUAUAUAAUUUCUUUUUAAAUUAUCGCGUAAGAUCUUAAUAUGUGCGCAGAUGCUAUAUCACAAGUGCUACUCACGUGAACCAGAUUACAGGAACACGGCAUCUUAUGGCAUACAUGGAAAGUGCAAUCUAUGGUUCGGUGCCGCCCAGAAAUUGUAUAAUAUAAAUAUAUUUUAUCGAGUGA